CGUCGGAAUUUCGAGAAGAUGGAUCCUAUCGAAUCAGAAGCCAACCUCCGUUCACAAUUCCUUGAAGUUCUCUGCAGUCGCCGUUCUCGUGUAGUUCCACUUCAGACACUACCUGCAAAAUGCGUGGUGGAUCCCUUAUAUCAGGGAACACCUUGUGACUAUGAGGAAAUGAAAUCUGUCCUGAAAGCACCCAUCCAUAACUUCAACGAAGAAAACUUCUACCUAAUCACUAAGGAAGGAGAGCAAGGGCAACUGCCAGUGCUGAUUUUGAGCAAGAAAGAAAGCACAUAUUCGAAAAGACUAGCUGUUGUUUUUCUACAUAGCUCACAUACAUGCAAAGAGUGGGUACGCCCUUUACAUGAGGAUUAUGCUUCACGUGGAUAUAUUGCAGUUGCCAUUGAUUCUCGUUACCAUGGAGAACGUGCCAAAACCCCCACCGCCUAUGAAGAUGCUCUGGUUUCAUCAUGGAAAAAAGAUUAUCUAACCGCAAGAGAAGACAUAGACAAUUCCAAGAUAGGAAUCCUUGGGAUGUCACUUGGAGGAAUGCGUGCAUGGUUUGCUGCUUUUGCUGAUACACGUUAUUCAGUGGUUGUCCCCAUAAUUUCUGUUCAGAGCUUUCGGUGGGCCUUAGAUAAUGAUCAAUGGCAUGCUCGUGUGCACAGUAUUAAGUCUGUGUUUGAAGAAGCAAGGAUUGAUUUAGGGAAGGAUACCAUUGACAAAGAGGUUUGGAACAGAAUAGCUCCUGGUUUGGCAUCUGAGUUUGACUCACAUCAUACAGUCCCAGUCAUUGCAGUACGCCCUUUGUUGAUUAUAAACGGUGAAGUCGAUCCCCGUUGUCCGCUAGAAGGUCUUGAUGCUACCAUAUCAACAACACAAAAGGCUUUCGAUGCCCAUUCUUUGACUCAUUUCAAGGUGAUAGUCGAACCAGGAAUUGGACAUGAAGUGACGUUAUCAAUGCUUAAAGAAGCGAGUGAUUGGUUUGACAGGUUUCUCAAACCGUAGAAAUUUCUCAUGCAUGUGUAUGUAUGAUACCUUUAGGCCCUGUUUUUAAGCUCUGCU